AUGGCUCAACCCGUAUGUUUUAGUGUAUCUGGUGUAUCUAGUGUACAUCUAUCGACACUAGCUAUCUGCCAUGUGCUCAUGCUUUCGGAUCCUGACUUAGCUGGGACGGGGAGGGGACUGGAGGGGAAGGAAAGAGGCAGAGCCCGUGCGGAUCAUCCAUUUGCUUACAUGGUAGAGAUUGGAAUAGCCACAGUUAGUCAAGGUCAGCAUAUGUUAGCUUCUGUUCUUCCCAACGCGAUCAACAAAGGGCCCCGUACUGCAACCAAUAAUGGUGAUAUCGACGUAGUUGAAGGAAACCACAUAGCAAGGGAUCAAUACCUCUCGGUUCUGAAGUAG